ACAGCGCGGUCUGUCCAGAACGGCCCAGACACCAGCGCGCGGCGACGGUGAGAACCCAGCGGAGUCCCGUCUGCUUCUCUGAACUUCCAGCAGCCGGAGUGGGAACCCCAGCUGGCUCGACACUACACCACGCCCCGCCUACAAGGAGGGGGCCCCGCGAAGUCCAAGAAAAAAAAUUUGGGAAUCUACCCAGAGGGAAACCUGAACUGAUGGACAGAGCAGGAAGGAAACAGACUUUGCCACCAAUGUCAGUGCCAAACCCUGGCUGGUCCCACCGAGGGGAGAGCCCCCCCACUCGGGAGCCAGGUCUGCCAGUGAGCCUAGACGGUGACCCAGGCCGCCCGCCACAGGGGGACCCUGAGGAGGCCUCUGCUCAGAUGUUGUUCCAGAUUGGAGAAGAGGUCUCUCCUCAGCAUCCUGCCAUUCUGCGCCAGGGGCUCCCUGGCCUGGACACCAACCCAGCUGCCAACUGGCCUCGGCUCUCCACGCUCCUGCAGCAACUCCCUCCACAGGACAGCGAUGAGCAAUACUGCCUGGCCCUUGGUGAGGAGGAGCUGGCCGAGCUGCGGCUCUUCUGUGCCCAGCGGAGGCGGGAGGCCCUGGGACAGGGAGUGGCAAACCUGGUACCUCCCAAGCUCAAAAGCACCUGUGAGAAGUGCAGGGAGCCGCUGAAGCCGGGGGAAUAUGGAGUGUUUGCAGCCCUGGCAGGAGAGCAGCAUUGCUGGCACCGGGCUUGCUUUGCCUGCCAGGCCUGUGGCCAGGCCCUGAUAAACUUCAUCUACUUCUACCACGAUGGGCAUCUCUACUGCGGCCGUCAUCACGCUGAGCUGCUGAGGCCACGCUGUCCUGCUUGUGACCAGCUGAUAUUCUCCCGGCGCUGCACUGAGGCAGAGGGACAGUGCUGGCACGAGAACCACUUCUGCUGCCAAGACUGCGCCGGGCCCUUGGGCGGAGGACGUUAUGCCCUGCAGGGGGGCGGCCCUUGUUGCCCCAGCUGCUUUAGGAGUCGAUAUUCGGAUGUCGGCUCCAGCCCGGCCGAGACACUAGAAGAAAGGCCGCCCCUUGCAGCGCCCCCCGUCCGCCAACCGCAUGCCCCAGACCCGAGCCUCGGGGCCCGCAGCUCUCACCGCGCAUCCCUGGCCGGAGCGCUCCAAGGGCCUCCCGUUCCCACCCCGCGCCGCGGAGCGGGUGAGGCGGGGCUCGACAGAGUUGAAGGAGGUGACAAUGAUCCACUACACUUCGCGACCAUCUCCGGAGCAUCCCUCAACGCCGUCCCCAGCUCCAGUCAGGAAACCCAGAGGGGACUGCUUGGGACCAGCCCGGAGCAGGAGUGCCGAACAGGGGACAAAGCUGAGGCACCCAAAGGGGGAGGGCAGGGCCCCCUGGAGACGCCCGCUGAUCCCAAGGAGGACGCCCCCUGCCCCACCUGCUCCUCUUCCUCUGACUCAGAACCCGAAGGCUUUUUCUUUGGCCAACGCCUUCCCCUUCCCUGCAAGACCCCCAGAAGCCUGCAAGCUGAGGGCAGUGACACCUCCAGGAAGCACUGCACCAUUUGCUAGUUGCGCGGCCCGGAGAAGGGGGAGUCAGGGUGAGGGAUGAUCUGUAAGGCUUUAGACGCAGACUCUUCUCCCCCCAUAAAAAUCCUAGACUGAGUGCAAAUAGGGACACGCCCAGCAAAUUAGGUCAAAGGGGGCGAGAUGACCUAAUUUGAGUACUCCCUCUUCAGCCCGCGCAUUCUGUGACUUUUUACGGAGACUUUUCUUGGGGAAUUCCCUUCUCCAAAGCUACGCAGCCCCUGCCGAGCUAGCUCCUACUCCGACACGACCUGCUGGGACAGCUGGAUCCCCAGCAUCCUUCUCCUGAGCCAAUGAAAUGAUCACUCAGAGACCACGUGUGGUGUGAGCGGCUCGACCAGCCGAAGGCCUGGGGAGUGCCGGAGGUGGACCGGAGUAGGGCCCGCAGGACCCGGCAUCGCUCCUCCUCUUGCAGAGCUCGUGGAUGCUCGUCCUUGGAGUGACGUGUCUCCCGGACAACCGACCCCACUCUGGCUACGGCGCCCUUAGUAGCCAGUGGCAGGCCAAAGGGCUAGGCCGGAAAUGCGUCAUCCGCUUGCGCCGACACGAUUACGCCAGAGACCUCGCGGAGCGGGAGGGUGUGCUAUGGCUUCUAGUGGGGUCAGUGUGAACCCUGGCGGCUCGGCAAAUGAAGUUUCCGAAGUUCCAGACAACGUGGGGGAUUGGCUUCGGGGCGUGUACCGCUUCGCCACCGAUAGGAAUGACUUCCGGAGACACAGGGAACCCGUGCUGUACUUGAACCUUCCAAGCACAGAUUCUCCAGCCCCUGACCAUCACAAGACUUGUCCUGAUGGCAGCUGAAGUUUGACUCAGAGGGGUACCUUUCCUGCCUGAUUUUUCUUCGCUGAGUCUCCUCAGAACUCCAUUGUCUCGUCAGCAGUCAGGCUUCAGCUAAAGUGUUGUCCUCUGUUUGGUAAACUUCUGUACAUAGUUCCUAAAGUUUCCGCAGGGGGUGAUUUUUGCUCGUCUUGAGGAGUAACCUGAUGGCAUUUUAACAGUUAUUCAAAAUAAAGACUACACACAAAGCCA